AUGUCCGCAGCACGAUUCGCUCCUCUCCUGAGAACUCGGGUGGCAACACAGACCGCGCCUAGCUUCCAGGCAAUUCGAUCAAUCUCAGCUACAGCCCCAUACAACAAGGGACCUAUCGAUGCGACAAAGGACACACUGAAGAAGGCCGAUCGGACCGUUUCCGAUGUAGCAGUCAAGGGCAUCAAUACGGGUGAGAAAGCCGCCCACAAGAUUAAGGAGGUCGUUGGCUCCGGGACCAAGCAGGCAAAGGAAAAGGGAGGAGAGAUCAAGGGCGAGGCAGCCGAGUAUGCAGGCAAGGGCAAGGGCAAGGCAGAGGAAGUACUGGGCGAAGCUAAGGGUGCCGCUAGCUCCGGAGCUCAGCAGGCAAAGGCAAAGGGGCAAGAGGUGAAGAGCGAGGCGGCCGGAUAUGCAGACAAGGGCAAGAUCAAGGCGGAAGAAGCACUGAACGAAGCCAAUGAAAAGACAAAGUACUAG